GGCUUUGCAGAGACCACCCUCAGAGGUCUUUCUAGGACUCUCCAUGAUCACACCUCUGUCUCAAGCAGGGCCGUUGGGUGAACUUCGUUAUCAGAUAUCUCUAUCAGUAACCGCUUCUUCCUCCCCCUCCCUCACCCUGCAGAACAGAAUUGACAUCAGAAUAUAAAGUAUUUGGCUGAGAGGUCUUUUGAAGGCCUCUUCAAUCCUAGCAGUCUGAUUUUCACUGGAGUCUGAUGGUAAAGCGUCCUUUCUUCAGGAUCCAGUUCUUCCUAAGACUGGUUCCUGAGUUACUAAGGGGACACUGACUCUCCUCUGUGAUUCCAAGACAGAUGGCAGUUUCCUUGUACACCACUUUCUCUCCUUCUACCUCAAAGCUAAUUGUAAAGUCUGCUUUGUGGCACUCAUCCAGUCCUUCAGCCACUACAAUAUCGUGGGACAGAAGCUGGGUGUCAACCUGACCAUGGCACGGGAGCGUGGGCAGCUUGUGUUCCUCGAGGGACUCAAGUCUGCAGUGGACGUCUUCUUCCGGGCUCAAGAGAAGCCACACCCUCUGCAGUUUCUCAGGGAGGCCAAUGCUGGGAACUUGAAACCAUUGUUUGAGUUUGUACGGGAGGCCCUGAAGCCAGUAGACAGUGGAGAGGCUGGGUGGACCUACCCGGUGCUGCUGGUGGACGACCUCAGUGUGCUCCUGAGCCUGGGCCUGGGGGCGGUGGCUGUGCUGGACUUUAUUCACUACUGUAGAGUCACCGUGUGCUGGGAACUAAAGGGAAACAUUGUGGUCCUUGUGCACGACAGUGGAGAUGUGGAGGAUGAGGAGAAUGACAUCCUGCUGAAUGGCCUCAGUCAUCAGAGCCACCUGAUCCUGCGGGCUGAGGGCCUGGCCACUGGCUUCUGCAGGGAUGUGCAUGGGCAGCUGAGGAUCCUGUGGAGGAGACCAUCGCAGUCCACAUCUCAGCGGGAUCAGAGCCUCACUUACCAGUAUAAGAUACAGGACAGAAGCGUGUCCUUUUUUGCCAAAGGAAUGUCUCCUGCUGUUCUGUGAUCUGAUUUCGGAGCAGCUGAAGCUACAUGGGACUGUUUUUGGACGUGGAAGGUAGCACAACCUAGCAAGAGGUUCUCUUCUGUAGUAGUAUUUCGGGCUGGACUGGUGACUCCACAGUGACCAGGGAGAGUUGAAUGCUGCAGUGAUGGCAUACCUUGGCUAUUCUGGGCCCUGUUCGGAAAACACAAGGGACCAUGAUCCUACUUCUGCUGAGGGAGAGGCUGGAUGCUAGACCCCAGCGAAUGGGGUCCUUUGGAGCCUUUGUUUAAAUAUGCCUUAAUCCCAGCUGCCUAUUUUUGGUUGAUGUGCAUUUCAAAGCCAAAGUGGGUAUAAAUGCGCCAGCCAGGAAAUAAUCCCGGAUGGCAGGUAUGCAAGGUGACAACUGGGACAGUCAUGGCUGGAAUAAAGUACGUUUCCACAUUGG